AUGGACGAGACGACAGAGCACAUCCACUCGAAGUCUCCUGCGGGAAAUAGAGACGCUGCAAUCGAGCAGGCACUCGGCAAGAUCAUGACAGACAAACAUUCUGACGCGUUUGUUGUUGACAGACUGCAAACCAUGUACAGACAUCAUAAGCAUUUACUUCUCACGUCACCAAUUCAGUCUUUGAUCUAUAGAUUUGGUACGAAUGUUGGAUCACCCACAUUUAUUGCGCUGAAACGCACUUCUGUUAGCAGAUUCGAACGUUUUGGAUCUAAAAAGCUUGUCAACAUUGAUCAUUUAUGGAGAAUUCCUGGUCGAUUAAUUCUAGUAAAAGAUACUAUCACUGUUAGUUUCAGUGUGACUAGAUGUAUAACAUUGAUUGGUGAUCAUCAAGAUGAGGUUGGGCUUGAACACAUGCAUUGCAUUAUGUUCUCUAGAAAUGGAAAUCUCAGUAUGAUGGUUCAACCGCCCCCUCUUCGUGAUCCCAAUGAUCGCCAUUACUUCUACAACGCAGGCGGAGAGGUUAGCAUGAGAGAGGAAAGAGCAAUGGAAGCAAUUCCUCGGGUCAAAAAUGCAUCAGCUCCCAUGUAACCGGGUAAUUUAUGAGUUAACUUCCUGUUACCUCUUGGACGGUAGCUAAUAGGCAUCAUUUAUCAUGAAACUUCUUUUUUUUUGGCUACAUCUUAUCUCUUUUGGGUCAUUGCUUCACUUUAUAUAAAGUUUUGAUCACAGAAACUUGAUUGAUACUAACAAUAAGAAACAGCUCUGAUGAUGAUUCUGAAUCCACGGUCAGCCCACUCGUCAUAGAUAAUCCGGCGACUACAUCAACUGCUAGACCUAAUCAUGAAAACGAUAAUGAAGAUGAGGAAGAAAAUGUUGUAUCUCCAUGGUUCGGCAAGGAAGAGCCAUACGCAGACCAAGACUCGUACGACAACGAGAUCAAAGUUGCGACGGACAGGGAAGCGGUCAGUCGUCGCGAAGAGGCUGUCGAGUGCAAGGAGCAACAGACGAGAUAG